AUGAAGGAGACCAAAGAUAUGGUGAAGGAGACUAAAGACAUGGUGAAGGACACCCAGGACAUGGUGAAGGAGAUAAAGACAGGCAUAGGCAGUCCCCCAGUGUCCCCGAUGCAGGAGCUGUCUACCCCGCCCCUCACCCAGGCCCCUCCUCCUUCUUACCAAUCACAGACCCAGCCUCUCCAACAGGCCCCGCCCUACUCACAGGCCCCUCCCCAGGUGUACCAACAGGCCCCGCCCUACACACAGGCUCCUCCCCAGGUGUACCAACAGGCCCCGCCCUACACACAGGCUCCUCCCCAGGUGUACCAACAGGCCCAACAUCAGAUGGUCCAGAUGACACCUCAGCCAAUGCAGAUGGCCCAGCAGCCCCAGAUUGUGAUCUGUUCUGGUGACCUUGGUGACGUCUCCACCAUGACGAUGUGUCGGAACUGUGGACAGCGGGUACAAACCAGAGUGGUCUAUCACAGUGGAGCUUUCGCCUGGUUGAUCUGUGGAUUCUGCGUUGUGUUUGGCUGCAAAGAUGCCCAUCACUUCUGCACCAACUGCAACGUCAACCUGUGUGUCCACAAGAGGAUGUAG